UUCGUGCAUGUUUCCGGCAACACAACAAGAGUAGCACUGAGUGGAGUGGUGGUGCAUGCGGACAAGUCGACAUUUAAAGUUGGCGACAGGUUGUCGAAAGUAGAGUGUAAAUUUGUAGCUAAUAAAGGAUGGAAAGGUGUGUAGCCAUUUCCCUAGGGAUCGCUUUGGUUUUCUUGGCGGCUGUGACCGAUGCCCUCUACAGCAGCUCCUCGGAUGUCGUUCAACUGAACCCCAACAACUUCAAUGACAAAGUCAUCAAGAGCGAUGCAGUGUGGCUGGUCGAAUUUUAUGCUCCUUGGUGUGGUCAUUGCAAAAACCUGGCACCAGAAUGGGAUAAGGCGGCCUCAGCACUAAAGGGUAUUGUGAAGAUUGGUGCAGUGGACGCAGAUAAUCACAAGAGCUUAGGCGGUCAGUAUGGAGUGCGGGGAUUCCCCACCAUCAAAAUAUUUGGUGCCAAUAAGCAAAAGCCCACUGAUUACCAAGGUGGUAGAACAGCGGAUGCGAUCGUAACAGAGGCGAUACGAGUAGCCAAGGAUGUUGCCAGCAGUCGACUUGGCGGCAAGAAGUCCGGGGGAAGUGGUGGCUCAGGGAGCAGGGGGUCUGGUGGUGGUGAGAAGCCGAGCGAUAAGGACGUCAUCACCCUGACCGACAGCAACUUUGAUGAGGAAGUGUUGGGGAGCACCGACCCCUGGCUGGUGGAGUUUUACGCCCCUUGGUGUGGUCAUUGUAAGAACCUGGCGCCCGAGUGGGCCAAGGCCGCCACCGAGCUCAAGGGGAAAUUCAAACUUGGGGCGCUAGACGCCACCGUGGAAACCGUCAAAGCUAGCGCAUAUGGGGUCAGAGGUUACCCGACCAUCAAGUAUUUCCCUGCUGGCAAAAAGGAGUUUGAUAGCCCAGAGGAUUACAAUGGUGGUCGGUCUGCCUCCGAUAUCGUCAACUGGGCCAACGCCAAAGUCGCUGACGCUAUGCCCCCACCUGAAGUACUUGAGAUCACAGAUGAAAAAGUCUUAAAAGAUGCGUGCGAGGCUCAUCAACUCUGCGUGAUCUCCUUCCUUCCCCACAUCCUGGAUUCCGGCGCCGUCGGACGCAACCAAUACCUUCAGCACCUCAAGGACAACACAGAACGGCACAAGCAGUGGGGAUGGGUGUGGGCGGAGGCCGGUGCACAGCCAGAAUUGGAGAACUCACUAGGAAUCGGCGGAUUUGGUUACCCAGCCAUGGCAGUGCUGAACGGUCGCAAGAUGACCUACACAAAGCUCAAGGGACCAUUCAGCAAAGAGGGCAUACAUGAAUACCUCAGAGCGGCAUCAAUGGGCAGAGGCCUCAGCACAGAAGUGGUGCCGGGCAAAAAAUUAGGAGAAAUAAAGAAAACAGAUCCCUGGGAUGGCAAAGAUGGAGUGAUGCCUGAAGAGGAAGACAUUGACUUGAGCGACUUUGACAUGGACGAAGAAGAAGGCAAAGAUGAGCUUUAAUGUCCCCCCCCCAAAAGAAAAAUUCAGUCUAGGGUGGGGUCUUACUUUUUUUUGUACAGCAGUUAUUUUCCAUUGUCUAAUCUCUUUCCGGUGUCGAAUUUUUCUUUUUAAUGAAAUUGUUGCUGUAACACCUUGUGCGUUCACUUAAUUUCUCAGUGUUGAAGUGUGACCCAGUAGGCCUCAUUACAGGAACGUGACGUUAAGCACUUUUUAAGUUACCUGCAAUGGCCUCUUCGGACACAAAAACCUGAGCAAAGACUGAAAUGGAAAUGCCAUGUCAUGCUGCGUUGGAUGUUCACACGUGGGCGGAAUACUGUAUGGUACGGUGUUAUCAAUUUUGAACGUAUAAAAGCCAUCCUGGGGAGGAGGGAUUCAACCUCCCUCCCCCCAAAAAGACCUUGGUAUCUAUCCCAUCAUUCCCAAGCCCUUUUUGAAACUUUGCAUUCAUGUCAAGAAAUUCAUUGUAAGUAAAUCAGCUUGUGUCAAAAAAAAAUCACAAGACAGUACUGGAAAAAUUCCCAAUGGCUUGGCAAAACAAAACAAUUACAAGGAAUUGGAGAAAACAUCUUCUUGGGGUACACUUACAUGAAGUAGCUCUUCUUGCACAAAAUCAUGCUUUCACACUUACUGUAAUUAAGUUCAAGGACAUCACCUGAUUGUUGGUUUACAACAGUUCAUGAAUACAGGUACUUUGAAAAUGUAACGCAAAAAGCUUUUAGUUUCAUUAGUUAUUCUUAUGCAUCUUUGUCUGAAGUUAUAGCAGGAGUCCUCUUGGUCUUCAAAAUAGAAAAAAAUCAGCAAUAUUUUCAUUUUUUUAAAGUUUGUUUUAGGUUUACAGUUGUUUUAAUUUAUCCCUCCAGCCUGCUUUGGCUAGAAACCAAGCCAGACGCAUCAAAUGGCAUCAUAUUUGCCUGCCCAGUGUAAGAGGGUCUAACAGAUCUCCCCAAGGCCUGGGAGUAUGUGGUUGCCAGUCUCCAGAAGAUCAAACAGUGGCAUGGUUCAACGGGACUAACUCCCAUUGACUGAACAUGGCCAGCUAGUUCGGCUUCUGUUGAUUGCCCAGUGCAUCAGACCUAAUCACCAGAUGGACCUUCCUCCAUCUGGGAGGGUUAGGAUUACUGUGACCAAAUGUACCUGCAUUCUAAACGAGUUUAUAUUUCAUGACAAAAAAAUUAAACCACAACAUUUCUCGUUCAGAAAUGAAUUUGUGAAUCCCCUUUUUCCCCUCAUUUCCUUGUUCUUAUUCAAAAAGCUGUUGAAAGGUAAUUUUCACUUUGAAAACUACAUUUUAAGCAUUUAAAUCUUGGCAGUGAUGUAUGAAAUUACUGGAUCAAGUUACUUUAUUCAUGAAACCAUACGUGAACUUUUAUACACAAGUGCAAAGUUGAAGCCACCUUAAAUAUCGUGCGUGUACUCUUCAUUUCCAUGCCUACUAUAAAGGAGGACAGUCCCAUCAUCUUGUCUUUCAACUUGUUGUCAAGAGACAAGUUUUCAUUGGUUGCUGUCUUGACACUUCUUUCCCAGUUGAUCAGCAUUAUGAAAGGAUCUCUCAUGUAUAAUGCAAAUAUGCACAGUAACCUGUUCAAAUUUGCAUAAUCUGCAUGAGAAACAUGUUUAAAUGUGCACUUUCCCUUUGGAACCAGGGGAGGUCCGCAAUCCACCGACCACCAUAGGAAAGCUGCAUAUUCAUGAAGUGCGGUGUCACAUUACUGAGGUCUGUUGUCUCCGAUUCUUCGCAAUUCACAUGGAGAUUUUGAAAGAUUUGAAAAGUUUUAGGAAGGCACUUUGUUUUUUACAUGAUAAGGUAAAGAAUAAAGUAAGAAGCCAUUUAGGUUACUACACACUGGACCAUAGACGAAACUGCCAGGAAUUUCAAGUGAAAGUUCUCUUCUCAGCCGUUAAUAAAAAUGAUACGCAUCUGACGGGCUACACCAAAACGAUACUUAAAAAGCAUAAGCAUAUAUGAAUGUAAAUGUAUUCUGUGUUUACACCUGAUAUAUUCACCCAUUAAAAAAGGUCAAUUUUUAUACAGACGGUACUCGACUUCCGUAACUCGUUUCAGGAAUAACCGUUUCAUUGUUUUGGUUUGUUUCUAGAUGCAAUAAUUUAUGCCAUGUCCGUUCGUUUUUGACAAAUAAAAGAGUAAUUGUCAUCAGUCAAUACUAA